ACCACACUGGUUGAAAUCGGUUCACAUUUUCAAAGAACGUUUGCCGAAUAAAAGGCUGAUCCAUACCAGAAUCGAAUGAACAUUCUGAGCCUUAAUGCCUGUUUUUCUUCGAUUUUGUACACGAAGUAGGUACUUACAUUUAAUUUUAUGUUAACAAUGAUACAAUUUCCAGUAUUUUUACGAUCACUCCACGCUUACAAGAGGUUAAUAUACCGUGUAUCUACUAAUAUCAGUAAUACAGGCAGACAAUAUAGUAAAACUACAGUCAAAGAAAAUGAUUGCUGUUCAAAAGGAACUCUGUCAAAAUUAUAUCCUGAUUACAGAAUAAUCUAUUCUUCUUCGAACAUUAAACUUGCUACCAUUUUUAAUGUAACGAAGCGCAAUGCCACUAUUCUUAAUUCAGCAUUAAUACCAAUAAUUACAAGCUUUCACAUAUUAGAUUGUAUUCCAUUAAUUGAUGCUUUGGGAGUUAUAUUUCUGAAUUCUCUGGUUACUUUUGUAAUUCAUAUUUCUUCAUGGAUGUGCAAUAAUCACAUUGGCAUUGUAUAUUUCAAAGACGAUGACCAAACAGUAAUAUUAUCAUAUGUAAAUUACUGGGGUAAACGGAUAAAUUUAAAGAUUAAUCUUACAGACAUCCAACCAUUGUCAGAGACUCCUAUGAACUUUUGUCACUGGCUGUAUAGAAGAUUGGAGAUUAAAUCGUACAGGAGCAAAUUAAAAUUGGUUACAGAACUUAAAAGUAUCAAAGAAAAACCAUGCUUCAUAGAUAUUUUUGGAAUAGACGAAAGUAGUUUAAAGUAA